UUAUUGUUUUUACACACUGGUUGACAUUAGUGACAUUGACGUUUGUUUGUUUGCCAUCGUCUCCAAGGUAACCGCGCGUUGCCAUAUUAGGAAACCCGAAAUCCCCAACAUUGUCAUUGUCUGUCUGUUAUUGUUGGUAAACACUGAACAGCUGUGUUUCUGACGUUUUUUGAAAAAUUUUCGAAAUUUUCGUGUUUUUUCCAAGAAAAUAGCUGCAGCAUUUCAGCGACGUGUCUCUCAUUCCAACCUUGUAAUGAGCGACGAGAACAAUGAGCAAAAAUUCGGGGGGACUUCCGACCCCCAAGAUACGGGAACAGGUCCUCGGAUCAGGACCCAGAGUGAGUGCUCCAUUACCAGCGAUGACGGGGCCCAAGGCAGCUCAGGGAAACGGCAGCGCACCACGUCAGCCCAGUUCAUGGUGUCUUCAGGCAUGACUGCCGCGUCGCCCCCCAAGUUCGUCACUCUCGAAGAAAUCAUGCAAGCGGCCAACGGGAUGCGAGACAUGGCGUUGGUGCACCAGAUCGUCGUGGACGACGACUUCAAGCUGCAGAAGGUGGACCCCCCGCCGAAUACGUUGCAUCAAAUGGUGAAUGACACCAUGAAGAAGGCGUUUUGGGACCUGCUGAGAAACGAACUAGGCGAGGAUCCGCCUAGCUACACGCAGGCUCUGGUUUUGCUCGAGGACAUCAAGAAGGGACUGUUCGCCGUGCUUUUGCCACAACAUACCAAAAUCAAGCAGCAAAUAUCCGAGAUUCUGGAUGGGGAUCUGAUUAAGCAGCAAGCGGAAAACGGGGUUCUGGAUUUUGGGCAUUACGCCCAGUAUGUAAUUUCCGUGAUGGCGAAAUUGUGCGCGCCUGUGAGAGAUGAUAAGAUUAAGGAGUUGACGCAGACCGUGGAUGUGGUGGACACGUUUAAGGGGAUUCUUGAGACCCUCGACCUGAUGAAGCUCGACAUGGCCAACUUCACCCUCCAGAUGGCCCGACCCGACAUCAUCGCGCACAGCGUCGAACUCGAGCGCAAAAAAUUCGCCGAUUUCCUAGCCGUCCAGACCGACGGGCUCGAGCACACGACAAAAUGGCUGCUCAGACACGUCGACAAAAACGAAACGCCCCCUUCCAACUCCGCCUCGUACGAGAACUUCAUUCGCUACGUGGUGAAGAAGGCGUCAUGGGAGGCCUUCAUCGACCUUCUGGACUGGGCGGAGGGCGAGCCGUACCCGGAGACGUUCAUGAUCGAUGAGACGCGAUUGAGGGAUCUGCAAAUGAAAACGAAUCGAUUGACAGCAGUCGGGACCAUUUUACUAGUGACUUUAAGCAAUGCCGGUCCGGAUUUGCAAUCAAUCGCCGAGUUCAAAGGUUCCCUCAAAGACCAUAUUACCAUUCUCCUACAAAGUGUCAAAACUGACAAGGAGUUGAAGGAGGCGCUAGCAAACGUUGCGGAGCAGGUAAUCAACGACGUCAAGGAAGCACAACGGAAGUAUCAACUUGUGGAGAUGGACGAAGUGAGCGAGGCGGUGCUGAGGCAACAGAUUUUGAGUGUGAGCGACCCCAGCCACAAGAUUAGAGGAUUAGUUCGUCAGCGCAUUAAAGAAUUCUUCAUGGAUAUUAUAGAGUCUUCGACGGCAGCACCGCAAAAAGUGCCCACCGGGCUGACUUCUCUCCAAAGAGAACUGGCGGCUAUCGCAGGACAGUUCCUGCGAAUUAUCUCACACAACAAUACAGUAUUUUGCAUUUAUUAUUAUGAUAUUGUGUCGGCUGCUCUGCCUAAGCCAGCCUAAUUAUAUUAAUUCCGCUUUCUCAUUUAUUAGUUUCAUUUUUAGUUCAAUGUACUACUUAAACAGAAUGGAAACUGUUGUGAUAAUUUUUAGUCAAAUCGACCAUGGAGAAAGGGCGCAAUCUACUAACUGAGUCAAACAAACUCAUUAUUUUGUAUGUGAUACUGACCUUUGUAUACCUAAAAACAAUUUUAGACUAGAUUUUUUAACAGAUGUAAACCUGUAAGCGCAACGCAGUAAAUAAUUUUUAUUUCAAACAGA